CGGGCCAGUGCGUCCCCAGAUUUCGUGCUGAGAGGAACGGCGGCUUACUUACAUAUUUUAAAUCUAAAAUCUAACUUGUACCUAUAUCCUCAGUCCUCCCUUCUGCAGUUGCACUCAUUUUCUCUCUUCCUCCAGCACGUACAUUUCAUUGUUGGUUCCUCAGUUGCUCCACUUUCCAGUUUGCUGUUUUCAUCCACCUGUUACGCAUUCCCUCCGCGUCAUUGAAAAGACCGAUAGAUAAAUCUUGCCCUUCCUUCCGACUCAAAAAUCGAGUAAUCGUGAAAUUGACCACUUGCCAAUCAGUUAUUGUCGCUCCGUAGUUCUACGACACUUUCUCGGCUCUCUUCACUAUUUCACCAUGACUUUAUUAAUCAAGGUUUCGUUGAUGUGUUUGGUGAUGUACGUAACAAUGGCUCAAUCAGCCGAAGAUCAGAAUGCUGCAAGAACUCGAGUCUCAGAUGAACAAUUGAAUCUUGCUUUAAGUGACGAACGCUAUUUAAGAAGACAACUGAAGUGUGCUUUGGGUGAAGCAUCCUGUGAUCCAGUGGGUCGUCGACUGAAAAGUUUGGCGCCGCUAGUCUUAAGAGGUUCCUGCCCUCAGUGUAGUCCUGAAGAAACUCGUCAGAUCCAAAAGGUUCUAUCUCACAUUCAAAGAUCUUUCCCAAAGGAAUGGUCCAAGAUAGUGCAGCAGUAUGCUGGAUUCUAGAUGACAUCAACUAAAAAGAAAAGUAAAGAACUGUAAAGAAACUGCCCGGACUGCAACGUUAGAGACGAUGAGAGAGAAACGGAGACAUAAGAAAGUGAGAAUGAGAGAGUGAGUGUGUGAGUGAGAAAGGAAGAGAGUGAAAGUUGAUUGCAAGCGCUUUGGGAAUUCCAAUAGGAGAUGCGAAGUGUCUAUGUCGCUAUUCCACUCUUGAUGACAUUUGAAUCAAUCGCACUUUUUCAUACCCUCAAUUUACCGUUAGGUGAUCCUUGUUUCAUGACGUGAUUAACUUUCAAUUAUAUUCAUCUCCAACUUUCUCUUCUAUAUCUCUUGAUUUAAUCCAUGGACAUAGGAAACACGGGACUAGGCAUGCUAUCCGAACUUUGGCGUGCGGGGUUGAGUUAACGGGAAGGGGGAGAAUUUCAUGAGUGGGGAGGGCCGCUAUCUUAUGAUGUGCCACUUGAUUAUAUGCGCACAAGCGUUUUGGGCCGACAAACUGUGAAAGAAAAUUUAAACAUGUGGGUGCUGCCAUGUUUGUCGCGGGACAUCAAAAGAUGGCAGACCUCCCCCUUCAUUGCAUCAGCCCCGCAAUAGCAUGCCUAGUCCCGUGUUUCCUAUGUCCAUGAUUUAAUCCCUAGAAAAAUUUAUCACAAAAAAUACAUAAGAUUCCGGAUGUAUAUUUGUUUUUAUACAAGACAGUUGUUUUAUUUAAAUGUGUACUCACAUUGUACCCAGAAUUUGUUAUUAUAAUAAAGGUAUUUCUGUAUAUGUA